AUGGCAGAAGUAAGCUGGGCGACGCAGACGAUGCAGAAUGGGAACAUACUGCAGAUACCGUUCCGUCGUACCCAUAACCUCCAGCUAUCUGAGCCAAUUCGGAAGUACAUCGAGACAAAAUACGAUCAGCAUCCGGCGACGUUCGCAAGAGACCUGGAAGUGAUUGAUCAGCUGCGUAAAGAGGCUGUAAAUGCUUUGGAGCCUCAUGGCAGUGGGUUGAGGAAGCUCCAGCAAUAUGCGGCACAACUUGUAUACAUGAGUGGGAAAUUCCCAGUGGAUAUUGGCGCUGACUUUACAUGGUACCCUUCGCUGGGCUAUCACACCAACCAUGCCCAUAUUGAGAACAACAUUCGCUUCGAACUGGCCAACGUGCUGUUCAAUUUGGCAGCGAUGUACUCCCAGGUCGCACUAUCAUCCAAUCGUGCUACUGCCGAUGGACUGAAGAGUGCAGCUAGCAACUUCUGCUUCGCUGCCGGCGUGGUGGACUACCUCAAGACAAGCAUUGUGCCGGAGUUGAGGAGCCCGCCACCAGAGGACAUGGACAACAUGACGCUAGAGGCACUUCAGGCGCUCAUGCUCGCUCAGGCACAAGAGUGUUUCUGGCAGAAAGCCGUGAAAGACGGGCUGAAAGAUGCCAGCAUAGCCAAGCUGGCUGCCAAAGUCAGCGAUCUGUACAACGAAGCUGGCGAUUGGGCGCUCAAGAGUAAUAGCAUACGCAGCGAAUGGAUACACCACAUCAACGCCAAGCAUCACCACUUCGCUGCAGCUGCGCAGUACCGAGCGGCAUGCGACUGUCUGGAGAAGCGAAAGUAUGGAGAGGAAGUCGCACGGCUCCGAGACAGCUUGAACUGCGUCAAUUUGGCUCUCAAGGAGAGCAAUUACAUCAACAGAGCUGUUCAAGCUGACCUCAAUGGCCUCAAGACUAGAGUGCAAGAGGACCUAAAGAGGUCGGAGAAGGACAACGACACCAUCUACCUCAUUCCUGAGCCGUCAAAGUCCGAGCUAAAGAUGCUUGAUCGUGCUAGCAUGGUCUCCGCUAAGACGCCGAAGGAAGUCAGCCAAAGCCAAGAGCUGCUUGGGGACAAAGGGGAGCUCGGUCGUCCACUGUUCGCAAAGCUGGUACCGUACAGCGUGCACGUUGCCGCCUCCAUAUAUGCGGACCGCCGAGACAGACUGGUCAAACAGGAUAUCAUUGGGAAGCUCGACGACAUGACAACUCGCAUUCAGGAUCUGCUCGCGAGUCUGAACUUACCUGGAUCUUUACAAGCAUUGGAGAAGCCGCUUGGACUACCACCAGGUCUGGCCAGCCACGCAGACGAGAUUCGGCAAGCUGAUGGCGUACAUAUGUUGCAUGCGACUAUCGCCGACACCGAGAAGAUUAAGUCGAACUUGCGUCAGAUGUAUCAGGACGGUGUGGACUUACUACGCACAGAAGCUGGAGAAGAUGAAGGUGCACGUCGUAAGUUCGGCACCGAGAGAUGGAAUCGGGCACCGGCUCCAGAUGCGGUGCCAAAGCUGUAUAGCCAGGUCAGCGAUAUCGAUGGCUACCUGAACCAGGCCGAUAGCAGCGACAAGCUGGUGCAGAAGAAAAUCCGGGACAAUGAAAGUCUUAUCCGGCUGCUGGGUGGUACAGAUCGUGAUCUGGAAGACUACGUGCCCUCUAGUCGGCGUGCGACCAUUACAGCCAAAGUUGAGAGGGCAACGAAUACUUUGCGAGCUACCAUAAAUGAGGUCAACCGACUUGAGAGUCGUCGAAGGAAGAAAGUCGAAGCACUCAAGGCCACUUCUCGAGAAGACGAUGUGCUGCCAGACCUCCUACAGGAGACCUCCAAGAUCGAGCGCGAGUUUCCUAUGCAGCCCAUCGUCGCUUCACAAUUCGAGCAUCUGUUUGAUGAUCGCCUACGAAGAUACGAUGGGGAGAGACAAGAGCUCAAACGAGAGGAAACCGAGCAGGACCAACUUAGCGAGCGCAUUCGACAAGCCAACCAGUCCUUCCAGACUGCCAAGCAAGGCGACACGUCAACCUCUGAGCGCGAGCAGGCGCUGCAGGAUUUGGAGAACGCGUACACAACAUACAAGCAAGUCAUCAAGGAUCUAGACACAGGACGAAGCUUCUACAACAAUCUCGGCACAAUCGUCAGCAGAUUCCGAGACGAAUGCAGGAACUUUGUCUACACCCGCCGCUCUGAAGCGCAGGCGCUGGAGAAUGAUUUGUCAACUGCCAUGGCUGGCCUGCAACUUCAACACCAGAAUCAGCAAAACCUACUUUCGCAGAAGCACGCGCAAGCACACGCGCGGCAACAGCAACACAACACACAGCAGCAACAUGCAGCUCCUCCUGCACGCAUGAUUGACGAGCCAAUACCAGCGCCCAUGCCACAACGACCACAGGCACAGCCACCGCCUGUGGCGAAGAUCCAGAGUCCUGAGCCAAUCUCGACAGGGCCAACCACGUGGCAGGAGGGCAUGCCUAUCGUGUUCGGUGGACCACAGCCCGCAUCAGGGUCCAAGGCCAAUGUUUCAAACACACAGCCUGUCGACAGCCGCUGGGAUCCGGCGCAAGGUGUAAAGUUUGUGCCUCGUUGA